GCUCGCUGUUAAAAGUAUUCCCCUGUGUCCACUAAAAACUGUAAAGCUCCAGAGCACCGUCUAAGCCACUUCACAAACUGUGUGGAGUAAAAGGCGUCUUCUCUAUCCACAAUUCUCCCAGACCCAGAUCUAAACAAGAGCAGCUGGCGAGAGAUUUGAGUGUGUAUGUAGACUCGAAUUGAGGGGAGAUGACGGGGAUGGGCAAUGGGGAUCUAUUCAAAUCCACAACGCUCAUAAAAAUCGCCGCCUUCACAUUCUUAGCCGUCGCUUUCUUCUACUUCGGCAAGCACUGGUCCGACGCCCAACAGCAGCCGCUCGUCUUCUUCGAUUCCCGCCAAGGCCACUCUCCUCCUUCCGUCGCCGAUGUCGGUGCCGCCGUUUCGCUCUCCCCUAAUGCCAAUAAAACGUUCGAUUUAGCUUCCAUGAUAAACGACACCGUUUCGGACAACGGCAAGGAACGCAAAGACGACGGGAAUCAACAACAGCAGCAGCGGAGGGAUGCAAUUCCGCCGCCUCCGCCGCCGCCUCCUGCGUUACAGAGAAUGGGGGUGGUGGAUGAGAAUGGAGUAAUGUCGGCGGAUUUUGAGGUGGGAAAGUUUGAUCCGGACGUGGUGGACAAUUGGGGGCAAGAUAACGAGACGGAUGCGAAGGGAAGUGGAGGAGCUAGGAGUAUUAGGGUUAACAAGUUCGCGCUGUGCUCCAGUAGCUUCAGAGAGUAUAUACCUUGCUUGGACAAUGUGGAGGCGAUCAAGCAAUUGAAAUCCACCGAGAAAGGGGAGAAAUUCGAGCGGCAUUGCCCGGACAAAGAUAAGGGCUUGAAUUGCUUGGUUCCUGCUCCUAGAGGUUACCGAACUCCAAUUCCAUGGCCCAGAAGUCGCGAUGAGGUUUGGUUCAGCAAUGUUCCACAUGCACGCCUAGUUGAAGAUAAAGGAGGUCAAAAUUGGAUUACAAUAGACAAGGAUAAGUUCAAGUUUCCUGGAGGUGGCACUCAGUUCAUCCAUGGGGCAGAUCAGUACUUGAAUCAGAUUGAAGAGAUGGUCCCUGAAAUUGCAUUUGGUCGUCAUACACGAGUUGCUUUGGAUGUUGGUUGUGGAGUGGCAAGCUUUGGUGCUUAUCUGCUAUCACGGAAUGUGCUCACCCUCUCAGUUGCCCCAAAAGAUGUUCAUGAAAAUCAGAUUCAGUUUGCACUUGAGCGUGGUGUACCUGCCAUGGUGUCUGCUUUUGCAACAAAGCGAUUAUUAUAUCCAAGUCAAUCAUUUGAGUUGAUUCAUUGUUCAAGGUGCAGGAUAAAUUGGACUCGUGAUGAUGGUAUUUUGCUACUUGAGGUCAACCGGAUGCUUCGCGGAGGAGGCUAUUUUGUUUGGGCUGCACAACCUGUUUAUAAACAUGAGCCAAUCUUAGAAGAGCAAUGGGAAGAGAUGGUUAAUCUUACGAAUAGUCUUUGCUGGAAACUUGUAAAGAAGGAGGGUUAUAUUGCAAUAUGGCAGAAGCCCUUAAACAACAGCUGCUAUUUAAACCGGGAGGAAGGGAGCAAACCACCAUUAUGUGAUCCAGAUGAUGAUCCGGACGAUGUCUGGUAUGUUGAUUUGAAAGUUUGUAUUACACGAUUGCCCGAGGAUGGAGGUGGUACAAAUGUAACCAAUUGGCCUGCACGCCUUCAAAAUCCCCCAGAUAGGCUGCAAAGUAUAAAACUUGAUGCCUAUAUAUCUAGAAAAGAGCUUUUCACCGCAGAAUUGAAAUAUUGGGCUGAAAUAAUUGGAGGCUAUGUCCACGCAUUGCGUUGGAAGAAAUUCAAACUUAGAAACGUGUUGGACAUGAGAGCUGGCUUUGGAGGAUUUGCUGCAGCACUGAUUGAACACAAGUUUGAUUGCUGGGUUCUCAAUGUUGUUCCAGUGAGUGGACUAAACACUUUACCUGUUAUAUAUGACCGUGGACUUCUUGGAGUUAUGCAUGACUGGUGCGAACCAUUUGAUACAUACCCAAGAACAUAUGAUUUCUUGCAUGCUAAUGGUCUCUUUUUCGUUGAACAAAAAAGAUGCAACAUAUCCACCAUCAUGCUGGAAAUGGAUCGGAUAUUGAGGCCUGGCGGACGAGUAUAUAUUCGUGACUCUCUCGCAGUCAUGGAUGAACUUCAGGAGGUUGGGAAGGCUAUGGGUUGGCGAGUAAAUCUACGAGAAACAUCAGAAGGUCCUCAUGCAAGCUAUAGGAUCUUGACCUGUGAAAAACGCCUUUUGAGAGCCUAAAGUACCGAGUAAAUUGGACAGUGAAAUCUCGAAGAAGAAGAAGAAACUAACAACCAUUAUACCAUUGCCUGAUCAGUUGUUGAUAGUUCCAUAUGCAGUUAGUCAACAGAAGACAAUUGCUAAAGUAAGAUAAUCUUACGCAUUACAUUCCUUGGUUCAAUUGUGUUGGUACUUGUUCACUUUUGUUGCUUAGGAUAGUCCAUUGUAGAUGUCUACAGUAAUUUUUUUCAUCAUGCAACGUAUAAGAUAGUUUCUUGUCUGUAUCUGGAUUUUCUGUAAAACCGAUCUAUAAAGUUUUUUUUUUUUGAUUGUGCUA